UCAUUAAAGUGUGACGCGCGUGUAUGCGUGAUCGAAAUUUUAAGGUGAUCUGGCCCUUUAUAACGAACGUACUGCCAUUUCAGCGGUAAAAAUGUACGGUCAUUGUUAUGCGAAUGUAACCUGUGCUCAAAGUAUAUGACGGAUGACAGAAUUUCGUGACCAAAUAUUCACAUAUUACCUUCAAGUGAUUGCAAGCGAAGUAAAAACACUGUGACACGUGAGGACAUUUACCCACGGGCCUCUCCGUUCUAACAUUACAAUGAACCUCACGGAAGAUCAGGAAGGGUAUAUGUUUCCCGUUUGUGACGGAUUGUUUGCUGAAACUUUCUCCGAGGAUAGUUCUUACAUGUUCGGAAAACAGGAGUUAAAGAUAAGACAGCUGUUCGGCGCUAAUCUCGGCGUGGCCGCGCCGGUGUGGGACGCUGCACUAUGUCUCUGUCGCUACUUGGAAGAAAAAAUGCUUGACUUGAAGGGAAAGAGAGUAAUUGAGCUGGGAGCCGGAACUGGUAUUGUGGGCAUCUUGGCAGCACGCUUGGGAGCAUCCGUGACUUUGACUGAUCUUCCUCAUGCCAUUCCUCAACUGGAAAGCAAUGUGUCCACAAACAUGCCCCAGUGCGGCUGGCCCUCUGCCACCCCCACAGUAAUUCCUCUGUCCUGGGGAUUGGAUCAUCGUCAGUUUGCCACAGACUGGGAUCUCGUUCUGGGUGCUGACAUUGUGUACUUAUCAGAAACCUAUACUUUACUGCUGGACACACUGACUCAUCUGUGCGAUGGGGGGGCAGCCUUGUACCUUUCAUCUAAGAUGCGCAGGGAGCACGGCACCCCUGACUUCUUUGAGAACAUUCUGCCACAGAGGUUUGACUGCCAGCUGGUGUAUAGUGACACAGGGCAGAAUAUAAGCAUCUACUGUGCCACCCUGAGAAAGGAUGGAAAUAAACUAUGAAGUCUUGCCGAUGAUGUGGUACAAAGGCAGUACAAUAUGAAACAACACGUGUGAGUCACACUUAAUUGUCAGCAGCACUCGGUGGUCUAGAAGCAAGAGUCCCAAAAUAAUAGAAUGCAACCUGUAAACAUUUUUUGACAAUUGUAAUUGCUGUUUAAAGUCUUCCAUAUAUAGUGGACUUUUAACAACAUAUUUAGAUAAUUCAAACUUUUUAUUGAUUUUGUAUUUGUUUUUCAGAAGUAAUAUUUUCAUGCUACAACACCAAUAAGUGGACUUAAGUCUUUAAAGCUUCUUUCUGUACAAAUUGAUCUACGAAUUAUGUAGAAAUAAAGAGAUAAAAGAC